AUUAAGUCGCUGGAAGCCAAUUCCCCACCACCCACAAAACCGCUGGCCCUAAAUCCCUUCUCUCUCUCCUCUCUCUCUCUCUCACAGUUUUAUUUUUUGCUUUUGAAAAAAAGCUAAAAGAAACACCGAGGAAGAAUCACAAACCCUAGAAAUUACGCAGAAAAAGAGGGUUUUCCGAUCCAAAAUGACGCAAUAGCCCUCCCCUCUGCUUUGAAUUGCACACCUUUUGAGUUUGCUCGGGUUAUUUCUCUCGCUGGUUAAGGUAAGGCCCGAGAAGGUCCAGAUAUAUUUCAUUUUUCACGUCUGAUCCGGAGUGUGUCUGUUUGGUUGCCGAGAAAGUUGAGUGCCUUGAUUGCUAACCCUUCGCUCUGACUGAAUUGUCAUCAUGGUCGCCACUGCUGCUACUUCGUCGAUCUUUCCAAUUCCUUCUCCAAACCAAGACUCUGGUGCCAAAAAUGCCAAGCUUGGACCUGGGUCUGCCGGUUUAGGACUCAAAUCUAAGUCUGCGUCGGGCAGUUUGCAGGUAAAGGCAAAUGCUCAAGCCCCUUCAAAGAUAAAUGGCACUAGCGUUGGUUUGGCAACUGUUGAAAGUGGGAAGAAUGGGGAUGAGAUGUCAUCCCCUCCUGCACGGACUUUCAUUAACCAAUUACCUGAUUGGAGUGUGCUCCUUGCUGCUAUUACCACAAUCUUCUUGGCUGCAGAGAAGCAAUGGACGAUGCUUGAUUGGAAACCCAAGCGGCCUGACAUGCUUAUUGACCCAUUUGGUUUAGGAAGAAUUGUUCAGGAUGGUCUUGUCUUCCGCCAGAACUUCUCAAUUAGAUCAUAUGAAAUAGGUGCUGAUCGUACGGCUUCAAUAGAGACGUUAAUGAAUCAUUUACAGGAAACAGCACUUAAUCAUGUUAAGACUGCUGGGCUUCUGGGAGAUGGCUUUGGUUCAACACCAGAGAUGUCAGUAAGGAACCUGAUAUGGGUGGUGACUAAAAUGCAGGUUGUAGUAGACCGCUAUCCUACUUGGGGUGACGUUGUUCAAGUUGACACUUGGGUUAGUGCCUCUGGGAAGAAUGGUAUGCGUCGCGAUUGGAUCCUCCAGGAUUGCAAAACUGGCCAAAUUUUAACAAGAGCCACUAGUGUGUGGGUGAUGAUGAAUAAGCUGACGAGGAGAUUAUCCAAAAUUCCUGAUGAAGUUCGAGGUGAAAUAGAGCCAUUUUUUAUGAAUUCUCCUCCUGUUGUGGAGGAGGACAGCAGGAAACUGCUGAAACUUGACGACAAGACAGCGGACUUUGUUCGCACUGGUUUAACUCCUAGGUGGAGUGAUUUAGAUAUCAACCAGCAUGUUAAUAAUGUGAAGUACAUUGGCUGGAUCCUUGAGAGUGCUCCCUUGCCAAUCUUGGAGAGUCACGAGCUUUCUUCUUUGACUCUGGAGUAUAGAAGGGAGUGUGGGCGGGACAGUGUGCUUCAGUCCCUGACUGCAGUCUCAGGUGCUGAUAUAGGCAAUUUGGGAAGCAAUGGCGGCGUUGAGUGCCAGCACUUGCUCCAACUUGAGGAAGGAGCUGAGAUUGUAAGGGGAAGGACCGAGUGGAGGCCCAAAUAUGCCAACAAUCUUGGGAUUGUGGGUCAGCUUCCGGCAGAAAGCGCUUAGCAAAAUAUUUGGGUUCUUUUAAGGCUGGAUGGAUCGUCCUUAGUCUCCUCGCCGUGUGCCCAUUGCUUCUGUAGAAUCCUGCUCGUGUUUCUCGGAUUUAUAUAUGUUUCUUCUUUCUCUCUCUCUCUCUCUAUAUAUAUAUAUAUAUAUAUAAUUUAUAUAUAUUCUCUCUCCCAUCUGUCAUCAUUCGAAAAAGAUAAAAUGUAGUCCCGUUGUAAUUAGCCAUUGUGUUCUCUUCUCUCUUUCUCUCUCUCUCUGUCCCCCUCCCCCUCCUCCCUGGCCCCUGGU